AUCGGGCAUGUUCGGGUUGGAUAAUGUGAAAAUCAUGUCCACCCAUUACCCGUAAUAUUCGGGUUUGGGGUUUACCUUACCCACUAAAGGUCUUUCGAGUUCGAGUUUUAUCGUACCCAAUAAGAUCGAAUUUGGGCGCAUAUCCAAAGUUACGGAUAUUUUUGUCAUCUCUAUUCAAGUGACUUCGACUCUCUUUCUUGAGUCUAUGAAAAAUUCACUUCGUUGAAAAACAAUAACUUGACCUAGUGAUAUUUCUGAAAAUUUACAAUCUCAAAAGCUCAAUUUCGAACCCUUGAACAAUGGCCCAACAUUGAAAACAAACAUAUUUUGCUCAUGUUAAAGGAACUCUCUUUCCCUCUUCUCUCUCCAUACAUACUCAAUUAUUGUCCGAACCUGCUCGUGAUCAUGAUGAACCCCAAGUAAAAUCCUGUUUCGGCUGGCGAUCCGAUCAAAGGCAAAGAAAGAAAAGCUGAUCGUUAGUUUCGCGCUAGGUUUCGGUUCCGAUGGCGAAUCGUCCGUCUGUGAUCAAUUCACUGGAGCAUCCAACAGGAAGCGAUAGUGGCAACCUCAUGCAGAAGUUGAAUCAGCUCAGGAAGGACAUUCAAGCCGAAAGGAUGGUUUCAGUGAGAGAGAAAGUUGAAAAGAACAGAAAGAAGCUAGAAAUGGAUUUUCCUAAACUUGAGUCAGCAACAUCAUCACAUACAGGGCAGCCAGAAGGUGAUAAGAUGAUCUCAAGAAGAAUUGGGGAGCCAAUGUGGGAAUACAGUGGAUUUGCUCAAGGAUCAGGGGAUAGGGAUAAUUGUAAAUGUCAGGAGGUUCUCCAUGGUACAAGCACGAAGCUUCCGUAUGUUGAGAAGAUACCUCCGUAUACUACUUGGAUAUUUCUAGACAGGAAUCAGAAAAUGACUGAAGACCAGUCAGUGGUUGGGAGAAGGCGAAUAUACUAUGAGAAAGAUGGCGGCGAGGCACUAGUCUGCAGCGACAGCGAGGAAGAGAUCGCGGAACCCGAUGAAGACAAACGUUACUUCUCAGAGGCUGAAGAUCGUAUUAUAUGGAGUAUCUUUCAGGAAGAUGGAUUAGCUGACAGUGACAUCGACCUUGUUAGCCAGUUUAUUGGAGCCAGUGCUAUGGAGAUCAGGGAGAGAUGUAGCGUUCUCCAGGAAAGGCAUGCAGACGACCUAAAUGUGACGAAUACUGGGGAUCCGGGACCUGUUAGGGGUUUCUCGUUGGAGAAGACCCUUAGUGCUGCUCUGGAUUCUUUUGAUAACCUCUUCUGUCGCCGUUGCCUGGUAUUUGAUUGCCGCCUGCAUGGCUGCUCUCAAACUUUGAUUAACCCUAGUGAAAGGCACUCAUAUUGGUCCGAGUAUGAAGAUGACAGGAAACCUUGUGGUGAUCAAUGUUGCCUUCGGGAAAGAUUCAAAGACUUCCCUGAGCAUAGCACAGAUAUAGAGGUGAGAGAAAAGAGCCUAGUGGCUUUACAUGCUAGACUUUCGGGCGAUAUUGAUAGUGGUACAGAAGUAGUUGAAAGUCAAAGGUCUAUGUAUGACAAGGGGGUAGUAGUUCCUUCAGAAACUGCUUGUGAUUCAGACCCUGAAUGUCAAACUCGACAUGCAGAUGCAUCUGAUAUAGUUACAGGCAUAGACCACACCAAGAAGCGCAAAGCUUUGCAUCAAACAGAUGCAAGAGCAGCCGGGUCAACACUAGUUCCUUCUGAUGUUCAUGAUUCUUCAUGUAAGAAGCAGAAAGGAUUAGUUGCUGCGGACGUAGUUUCUGAAAGUGAAGCAGGUGUUCCCAGCCUUGGUCAUGACUCUAGCACCAAAAGUGCAACUGAUAGGAGUGCUGAUAAUCCAGACUAUGGAUUUGCUGAAUGUACAUCAAUAGACAUCGUUCACACUGAUCGCGAGAAAGAUGAUGAAGCUGUGCGCCUGGAAGUCACAGAUGUUCUUGGGAGGAAUCAGUUGUUAUCGCCAGUAAACUGCACCGGUGAUGAGAUAGAUGCUGCUGGAGUUAAGCACCAGCAAGUUAAUGAUGCCCCGGAAAGUAGUCAGUCUGUGUCAAAGAGUUCUGAGUGGAGAGCCCUCGAGAAAGAACUAUAUUUGAAAGGAGUUGAGAUAUUUGGAAAAAACAGUUGCCUUAUUGCAAGAAACAUGCUCUCUGGUUUGAAGACUUGCAUAGAGGUCUCCAAGUACAUGUGCGGUAGUGGAACUAUGGUGCCUAGGAGAUCUCUCACACCAAGUUCAUUUUCAGAAGACAAUGGGAUGACUGAUGCAGAUCAUAUGGAGAUGCCAGCACGACCCCGCCUUUUGCGUCGCAGGGGCAGGACACGAAAGUUCAAAUAUUCUUGGAAGUCUGCUGGUCAUCCAUCAAUGUGGAAACGAAUGGCUGAUGGGAAAAACCAGUCAUGCAAGCAGUAUACACCAUGUGGGUGUCAGUCAAUGUGUGGGAAACUAUGUCCAUGUUUGGAAAAUGGAACUUGUUGUGAGAAAUACUGCGGGUGCUCAAAGAGUUGCAAAAAUAGGUUCAGAGGAUGUCACUGCGCAAAGAGUCAGUGUAGGAGUCGCCAAUGCCCGUGCUUUGCAGCAGGGCGUGAAUGUGACCCUGAUGUCUGCCGCAAUUGCUGGGUUAGUUGUGGAGAUGGUUCAUUGGGAGAGCCACCAAAACGUGGAGAUGGUCAGUGUGGAAACAUGAAGCUGCUUCUACACCAACAACAGAGGAUCAUGUUGGCAAAAUCGGACGUUGCUGGAUGGGGAGCCUUUCUAAAGAAUGCUGUCAAUAGAAAUGACUACCUCGGAGAGUACACUGGUGAACUGAUAUCACAUCGAGAAGCAGACAAGCGUGGGAAAAUCUAUGAUCGUGCCAACUCGUCGUUCCUUUUUGACUUGAAUGAUCAGUUUGUCCUAGAUGCAUACCGCAAAGGCGACAAGCUGAAGUUUGCAAACCACUCAUCAAAUCCCAAUUGCUAUGCUAAGGUAAUGCUGGUGGCUGGAGAUCACCGAGUCGGCAUCUUUGCCAAAGAGCACAUUGAUGCGAGCGAGGAGCUGUUCUACGAUUAUCGCUACGGACCUGAUCAGGCGCCAGCUUGGGCUCGUAAACCAGAACGUGAUUAUCCAAAUCCAGCUGGGAUCCAGGGUGGCAGAGCAAAGAAGCACCAUUCUAGUAGUUGAUUUCAUCAUCGCAUUAUAUGCUGCCCAUGCUAGUGCCAUCCAUUCUAGCAGGCGAAGCCAUGAAAUAAAGAGCGAAGCAUGAAUAAAUAAAUGUCCAUACAAGCCACCAGCCAUUGCCAUCAGCUUCUCGCUGCAUUGCGUACUAAUCGCAUCAGUCGAAGACCCAUUACUUACUGAUACAUACUUCGAUGGGAAAUUAUGAUUUGGUAUUGGAUUGUAAGGUAUGCUAAAACUCAGUUCCCCCAGGAAGACACCAAUGGCCACAAUCAUGAACCUUUGAACUAUGCCGAUUCUCGGGUCUGUUCCCAUACAAGGAAGGAUGGCCAUUGGAGUUUUCAGGAAGGAUGAACCAACUAGGGAUUAUGCGAUGGUGGAACAGGACUGUUACCAAACUGCUCACAGCUAAUAAAACCAAACAAGGAAAUAGAAAGCCAUAAUUAGUUAAAUUUUUCAUUUAACUAGGCCGGCCAUUUUUAAUAAGUGUAAAUUUUAAUAAAAAAGGAAAACAAUAGUCAUUUUGAUUAUUGUGUCUAAGCUAACAAUAAAAGAAAUUAACAAAUGGGAGAAGAAAGCCAAAAUUUAGAAAAUAUUGUAUAUAUUUUUUUAUUUUCUUGAUCUAGUUCCCGGUCUUCGGAAUCUGGUCGCCACGGCUGGAAUUUGAUCACCGAUCACCAAAAUAUAUGUCUUCAAAGUCCAGCCAUUGAUUGUCCAUGAGAAAGCAUACCACAAAUUGCAUACAACAGACACAAAUCCGGUGAUCGGAGUUCGAACUUAAGUCAUUGAAUAUGUGGUCUGCUUUAUGAAAUUUAUAGUUUGCUUUUUCGUGUAUAGUUAUCCAUCUUCUAUUCUAUGUAUGGAAAUUGGAAGCUCAUUUGGAGAGCUACACUUGUACGAAGGCCCAAACAGAAGCCAUUUUUUUCAGCCCGGUCCAAGAGCGAAUAUCAGCAGAAGGCGUCGCCAAAGAGAAAAGGUGAAAAUCAAGGAGAGAAAUCGAAAGGCUAGAAACUAGAGAAGAGAGAGCGCUCUUCCCGUUCGUAGUUGCGCUGUAGCGGGUCAGUCGUCGCCUUUCUCCAGGUAAAAUCCUUCGACAUCCCGUUUCCUCCCCCGAUUCGCUUCGAUAUUGAGAAUCAUCGUUCUUCUUCCGUUUACGUUUUUUUCCUUCACUUCUCGAUCUGCUCCGGUUUGGAUUUCUAUUGGUUGUUUCGAUCGAUCGAUCGAUUUGUUUGUAGGAAAGAAUUCGAAAUCGAUGCUAAUAUUAGAUAAUCGUGGUCGCCAUUAUUUUAUAUGAGUUUUCUGUAAGUGGUUCGCUAGCGACGGGGAUACGCGGGUAGAGAACGACCUGCUAUGAACCUUGGCUGUUGGCUUAGGUCUUCUGCCCUUCGCCUGUGUUCCCGGAUCUUGGUGGGAAGCUCCCUUUCUUCUCUUGCAGUUAUUAAUGGUGACGACGGGUUUCGCUUAUUUACUUCUGGGCAGUUUCAGGACUGGAGAAGUUUUUUUUUUUCCUUUUGGAUUGGAGAAGGAAAAUGGUGUGUGGAAAGAAGGGUUUCAUGAUAAUUGUUGCAUCUAUGUGGUGCAUUAAGUUGCGAGGUUGUCGUUUGUGCUUUGGCCUGUACGUUCUGUGUGUUAAUUUCAUCAUUUAAAUGGAUUUUGUAAGUUCAGUUGAUAGGUAGAAAGCUUGCACUUGCUAUGCAUUGUGCUUUUACUUGUACCUUUGUUAUGGGAAUUCCAUGAGCCGGAUUGAUAAAGGUAGUUAAUGAGUGUUUUUCUUGUUUAGAUGGAUUGGUAGAUUCAUUUGUUAGAACGCUUAAUUUUCUAUGUGGUGUGUGCUGGUGGCUGGCUAAGAAAGCAACUGUUGAUUGUUGCAGAGAAAGCAAUUUAAGUAAACUUUAGGUGAAUUCUACUGGAUGUGAAGCAUUCUUUGUAUGUGUAAAGUCAUGAGACCAUCAAUGUUUGAUUGUGCUUUGCUGUUUGUAUAUGAAGUCUGAUUAGUUGGAUUGAUCAAGCCUCAUUUCUCAGGUAGAUUAGAUAGGUAGAAAGCUCGGAUUCGUUAUUGUUGCUCUCAUCUACUGUCUGUGUAGGAUUUCCAUUUAGCUGGACUGAUAAGCUCAAUAGAUGGCCAGCAAGCUUCAGUUUUUUAUACUAUCUGAACUUGCUUGUAUUGUUUAUGUAAGAAUUUCGUUAGUUAGAUUGUUAAAUUACAUAUGAUAGGUAGAUUGGAUAAGGUAGGUAGAAAAGUUGGAAUUUCUUUUUGUGACUAGUGGCUGACAAAGCAAGGGGGAUAUGUUGACUGUUUGCAGAGAAAAAUAGCAAAAUGGCUGGCAGGAUUCCACACCCCACACUGAAGGGACCGAGCGUCGUGAAGGAGAUAGUCAUCGGGAUGGCGCUCGGCUUGGUCGCGGGUGGCUUUUGGAAGAUGCAUCACUGGAACGAGCAGAGGAAAGUAAGGGCAUUCUACGACAUGCUUGAGAAGGGCGAAAUCAGUGUCGUCGCCGAAGAAUAGGAGUCAUCCUUGAUGGCUCAAUUUGUCUGUUGGUUUUGCUAAGAACUGCUGAUUGUUUUUUUUUCCCCCCCGAUUCCUAUGCCUCCGUAGGGUUGAGGAGAGCAACCUUGCCUCAAAGAUACGGAAAUAAAGUGUUUGCCAUUUUGUGAUACAAUGUGGGUUCAUUAUCGUUUACUAGUUCAACCUGUAUUUACUUCAUCUGGGUUGGAUUGAAUCUUGGAUUGUUGAAAUGAAUAGACUUUAAGAGCAUUGUGUGAAUGCUCGAAUUUGGAGCACGAAUUGUUUCAAACGAGUUCUCUCUAUUCAUUAACAAUGCAGGAUCUACAAACAACUGGCAUCUUAAUAAAGAAACGACGAUUCAUGAAUACCAUAGAAGAGGGAGAAUUGGGAUUAUUUUUGUCCAUUAUCAAAUGUGUAUGCUGCAGGCUUUGCCGUAUGUUAAUAACGGUACACAAGUACUUGUAAUACACAACAAAGCAUGAACUAGACGGAGCUGUAGAAAUAUUGAAACUAGAUGGGAUAGCUGGUGUGGUAUGACUUUUCGACCUUCAUGCGAUCACUGCUUUUUUUUUUUCUGGGCAAGUCACUGGAAACUGUCGAUUUGGAGGAGUUUGCCUCCGCCAUGCUAAAGAGUAAAGACCACCAACACGUUCAGUGUACGAAGCUUGGUUCAGUCCCGGUCCUUUGCAGCUGAAGUCUGGAAUUUUGAUUCGAACAUGUCAGUCUAUAAGGAGUGAUAUCAAGCAAAAGAAACGGAAGGUGCAAUA